CUCGUCUCCCGUCUCGGUUGCCGGCGCCGCUCUACCCCGCUUCCUGUCCUCGCCGCUUCCCGCCCCCCGCCCCGUCAGGGCGCCGGGCGGAAGUGCGCGGCGCGGCUAUGGCGGCGGUGGAUAUCCGAGAUAAUCUCUUGGGAAUUUCCUGGGUUGACAGCUCUUGGAUUCCAAUAUUAAACAAUGGGAGCGUGUUGGACUAUUUCUCAGAGCGAAGUAACCCAUUCUAUGACCGAACAUGUAACAACGAAGUUGUCAAAAUGCAGCGGAUGACCUUGGACCAUUUGAACCAAAUGGUUGGAGUGGAGUACAUCCUUCUUCAUGCACAAGAGCCCAUUCUCUUCAUUAUCCGAAAGCAGCAAAGGCAAUCUCCAGCACAAGUUAUCCCAUUGGCUGACUACUAUAUUAUUGCUGGAGUGAUUUAUCAGGCACCUGACUUAGGGUCUGUCAUUAACUCCAGAGUUCUCACUGCAGUGCAUGGAAUUCAGUCUGCUUUUGAAGAAGCUAUGUCCUACUGUCGCUAUCACCCAUCCAAGGGCUACUGGUGGCAUUUCAAAGAUCAGGAAGAACGAGAGAAAGCUAAACCAAAAGCCAAGAAGAAAGAAGAACCAAGUUCUAUUUUCCAAAGGCAACGGGUAGAUGCUUUGCUUUUAGACCUAAGACAAAAGUUUCCACCUAGAUUUGUUCAGCAAAAGCCUGGAGAAAAGCCUAUCCCAGUGGAUCAAAUCAAGAAGGAACCAGAACCAGCCCCUGAAGCUGUCAAGCCAGAGGAAAAAGAGACUGUAAAGAAUGCUCAGCAGAGUGCUGGCGCUAAAGGACCACCUGAAAAACGGAUGAGACUGCAGUGAAGGGAGAAGUUGUUACACAUCUGGAUUAGUCAGUACCUGGAAAACAGGAGAUUCUUGCUCCCCUUUCUUUAUAUUUAAGCUCUUCCACUGAGACUGACACUUCAGGGACUGAAGUCCCUGUAAGAGCUUUUUCUGUAGAAACCUGUCACACAAAUGUUAAUGUCAGGAUGUGAGCUGCCUCAAAGAAGGUAUUCUCAGUGUUCAUCUUAUUUUGAAUGUUGGCUUCUGAGAAUGGUUUUUAUAUGGACAUAUUUUGCAGCCUCCUGAAAUCUUUACAAACUCUUGCAUCCCUUGUGUCUUGGUUUUGUAUGUAAAAAGAAAAAACUUUUAUCUAUUAAAAAAAAAGUAAUCUGAAUUUUUGGCAAAUGAAACUCCUGGCUGCUGGAAUGCCUUUCUUAAAUGCUUACUUUGUUAGUAGCAAAUAUGCCAUAUGUGCUGGCAGCAUUUUUUUUUGCUUGGAUAUCGGAAUAUAUUUUGUGCUAUUUUGAGGAAGAAACGUUCAACUAAAGGAUUUAGGCUGCCUGCUAGAAAGUGCUGUGCCUUUAGUAUGCUUGCAAUACAGAUGAAAGAUUUGAUAACUGGAGGCUCAAAUCCAUGUAAUUAGAUGUCAAAUUGCUCUCAGUCUCUAAGUGUUCUUGAGCACUCAUUUUACUUAAUGGCUAAGCUGGUCUUUUAUUAUAAAAGCUAGUGUUCUGUGAGAGAGAUUUAUGAUGACGUAAAACAGGCUAAAAUGUCUUGCUGUUGCACACUCAGUGAAGCUGUUUAUAAUUCUCCUUUUUUCACUGUAGCUCAAAUAUAUCAAUUACAUCUCUUCCUCUGUGCUUCUAGCACUUUCUUGCUGCAUCUGAUCACCUUGAUUAGUCAUCUUCCUUUUAGACCUUGGGAGGUAGGGCAGUGGAAGAGAAACAUCACUGACACUAUGCAAAGCUGUACACUUUGCUGGUUAAGCAUGUUGCUUACACAAACCUCCCCCCCCCCCCCCCCCCCCCCCCCCGAAAAAUUAGAAGUCAUCCAUGGCAAAGAAAUGACUGUUGGUUUUGUUUCUUUCAUUGAAGUAAUGGAGCAAUUCUUGAAAUAGCUUGCUUGCUUUUCACAACUGUUACCUGCCUUCUUGUAAACUGUAGUAAGCAAGAAAAAGGUCUGUACAUAGUAAACAAAAUGUAGAUAGGAAGGAAGACAGAGAUAUGCUUAGAUAGCUGUGUCAAAUUUAUUUUGAGGUUAUAAGAGACUCUCUUUCUGUUUCAGUAACGUAAUAAAUAGCUCUGGGUAGCUAUUGAAUAAUGGAAAGACCCAUGUAAUUUUUGUCCUGUAAUCCAAAGCUGUAACAUUAAAGAUGUAGAUAAGCCAA